ACAAGCCAAGUCUUUAGAAACUCCUUUCCUUUUCAUUUCAAGCUUGAGCUCCUCUUCCUAAACCUAAAACUGCCAACAACUUAGCACCCCGAUUCUAGAGGUGAAGGUACCAGGCCGAGCAAACUAGAGUACUUAUUAGAAUACCCCAGUUACAGUCCCACAGCCUUCCUCUUCAUCAACCUCACAAUGUCUCAACUUCUCCCAUUCCUGUAGUGCUCUGUCAUAAGCAAUGCUGUUAAUCAGCCUCACGAUCUGCUGGCAAUGCCGCGUCACACCGUAGCGCUCGAGUUUGCGCGGGCGCUAAAUUGAAACAUGUAGCGUGGCAGCCUGCAGCGGCACAGCAAGGCAUCUUUUCAAGGCAAGAGUGUCCAAUUUCAGCAUUAUUCCCUUCUGGCCCUUACGGCCUUCUGCAAACUUUUUAACUACUCGCUGUUCUAUCGCGAUGUUUCAAUCAAAGUUUCGUUUCGUCUGUCUUAUUGCAUUUACAGCCACAGUUCUCCUUUCAGUUACCCUCACGUACGCGCAUCCUACAAGCACAGUUCACGACCACGGCUUGAGGUCUCGUAGUUUCAUAAGAGGUAGAAAUGAGCAGACCUGGGAAACUCCCGAAAGCACUAAAAUACUACAGUCCCGAGACGACCGCCACUGCGGCUUCAUCGGCAACAACGACAUCUAUGGCACCGGGAUCAGAAUCGGCAUCUACACCCAAACUCUCGCUGUGUGGUUCGCCAAAUACUUCCUGGUCUCCCAGGCUCCCUUCCUCCGUGACAGCAUCACAGUGUUUACCGUUGCCCUUUUUAUCGUAUCUAUCCUCUACGCCGCCGUUAACGCCUCCGAAAUAUAUGCCGUGGAAGGCUUCAUCAUUCUGCAAAUCUUCGCCUGGCAAUGUCUCACUGGAGCUCGAACGCAGGGUCCCCAUAAUAAAGAAAACUUCCGCAAUAGCGUUACGAGGAGGGUGUUCACUGAGUGUAUGGAUAUAGGAUGCCAGAGUCUUCUUGUUUGGUUCUGGUUCCAUGGGAUUGAGAAGAUGAUGAAGACGCCUUGUGAGACUGUCACGUUCUUUUUGGCUAAGGUUAACAUGUUUGGGUGGUUUAGGACGUAUGUAAAGAUAGUGCCGAUUCUGGCUCUAGUGGGCCAUGUUCAUAGGAUUGGUCUUGAGGCUGUCAAUCUUCGGAGCUAUUUCAUGUUCCAGAAAGCCAAGCGGGGCUUUCUGGAGACAGCCGCUCGUUAUAAGGAAUUGGAGCGCCAGGAAAGGGAAAAGCCUGAAUCCGGCGAUGUCCCUACGAUAGAUCAUCAGGGGACGUUAGUCAAUGCGUGCGACUCGGGGCAUUUGGAUGAGGGUAGAGACCAGCCAAGCCAGGGUGCCAACAGCCCGACUUCACAACCACCUUCUCGGAGACUCUCCCAAGGCUCGGAGACAACCGUAUCUCCAGUGUCCUCUCAAUUCCAAGAGCAAGCUCGGAGAACCUCCCAGGGCUCGGAGAUAGCCGUAUCUCCAAUGCCCUCUCAACCCCAAUCCCCAUCUCGAGAGUCCGCAACCCCACCACCAAAGAGCGACUUCCCGAUCUUCGAAGACGUCUACCACGGCUCGCUCUACCUCACGCGCUGCAUGUCCGCCACUCCAUCCACCACUCUAACUGGCUACUCCGCCCGCCUCUACAAGUUCUACACGCGCCUCCCCCUCGGCCACCGCGCCCAAGUCACCGAGACCCCCCAUUACGAUGCCUCCGAGGCCCUCGCCAUCUCCUCCUGCCUCCCCUCCUUCCUCGCCUGCCACCGCCACGUCCUCACGCACCAACUCACCUUCCGCUUCCCCCGCCGCGCCGCACUCUUCUACACGCACCUCGCCUGCGCCCACCUCGUCGACGACUGGAACGUCCCCUACCAACUCUACGCCGCGCUGACCUACCCCGCCUGCCUGCCACCGGGGACGUACGCGCCGCUACCCUCGCACGCGGGGACGGCGAUCGCGGCGGCGAUCCUGCUCCCCGCGGCGCCGGAGAGGGCGUGGACGCUGGCGGAGAGCUGGGUGUUUACGGUUUCGCAUUUGUGGAUUCAUGUGUUUUUUAUCACGCAGCUGGGGCUGACGAUUCGCUGGAAUGGCGAGGGGCUGACGGGGCUGGCAAGUGUGGGGCAGUUGAUUCCGUUUGUGAUUGGAGUGGGGAGUCUGGGGCUGGUGCUUGUGAGGUGGGUGGAGCGGUGGUGUAGGGGAAGGCUGGACCGCGGGAGGGGGCGGCGAGGGAAGAUGGGGUCGAGCGGGAGGGUGGGGGUGGGAGAUUGGAUGCGGAGGUAG